AUGGACCACUUCAUUUGGGGGGCGUUUCUCGCGCUCUCCAAUCUCGGAGGCAUGUACGUGAAGGUCCCGUACACUGUCGUUACGCCAUCCCAUACACCAUUGGAUCGGUUUAUGGGCUCUUUUCAGCUCACCACCGCCGUGAGAAGUACUUUCUACGCUGCCAGGUCUAUGCACUAUCGCGUCUUCCCGGAGGCUGAAGAUCUCGCAACAUCGCAGCAGAAUGCGACACUUGGACUCGAUGAAAUGCUGAAACAGGUUAUGGAGCAGUAUGCUCAUGAGCGUAACCUGACAGGCAGGUGUCUCUCAGGUGUUGGGAAUUCCGGCAGCAUUCAACUUCCCCCGUCUGUUAGGAUCCAUCACCGGCUUUUUGGAAGAGACUUUGACCUUGAACUCGGCCAUGAUUCUGCUGAGAUGAUGUGGGCAGUCUGGACCACGGUACUUCUUGUGUGGAUUUCCUUUCUGUUAAUCGUCUCAUGGUGCAUUGAUUACCACCGUAGGCGUGGUGCCAGGCCUAGUGCUCCAGAUCGGACCGUCGGCCAUUCCAGCAAUCAUCUUACCAAGAACGAUGUUGUGGACUUGCUUCGCUUUUCUCGUCUUAGCAUCGCCCAGGAGAUCAAGGACGACAUGUCUCACGAUAUCGAAUUCAUCAUCGAAAGAAUAGGCGACAUCCUAGAGAGCUUGCGACAUUUUGAAGGCACUCUCACACCCGAGGGCCCAGAAGAGGAUAGCAAGGAGGCGGAUGAUGAGAUUGUUUGCGAAAAGAACCUUGCAAAAACCUUCAAUGAGCAUCUUCAGUUUUGUUCUGGUGCAACGAACAGCAUUCUGGAAAUGCUCGAUCAAAUGAAGAAACGGAUAGAUCGCAAAAUCAAGCUACAAAGCAUCCUGCCAGGGAGUAAUGGUGCGGAAAAUGGGACCAUCGAUAAUCCCGGUGCUCAGCUCGCACACUAUCUGUCUGGCUCUAUGAUCAAGGAUGAUGCAAGCACGUCAGCUUCGGCUCUGGAGAAGCGCAUUAUUGAGGAGCUCGAAAGAUGGUUACGUGAAAAUCUUGCAGGAGAUGUGUUGAAGCCUACCCAAGCCAUUGACGAGGGAAUUCAGCGAAGAAUAUCUGAUGCCGAAACUGCAUUGGCCCAGAUACAACAGAAGAUUGAUACAAGCUUUGCCGGAAAGGACCAGCUAGAUGAGACACUUAAUAGCUUCCAGGAAGAUAUCGACAGCUUACGCACGUCAUUGUCAUCAUUCUACCAACAGGGCACUGGAGUGCAAAUUGAGGAUAUCGAAAAUAUCGUCAAUGCGCAGGUCCAAACCUUGAACGAACGUCUACAAUCAAUUGACAAACCGGCUCCGAUGACUCUGGAGGAAAAAGAGACGAUCACGAACGACAUCAACAAUCUGAGGGAAACACUGUACGAUUUGAAGAAGUUGUGCGGACUAUUGAAGUCUAAACUUGAUUCUGCGGUCACUGAAGAUCAAUUGAACGAGAUUCUGAAAGAGAAGAAUGAGUUCCUAGCUAAGCACAUUGAGCAGCUGGGCGACGAAGUUACCCGACUCAGGAAAAAAUACAACACGAUCCAGAACAUUGUGGAUGCAUCGGGUAUAGAUGAUAUGCCUCUCGCCGAGAACCUGGAACACAUUCGAAUUGCACUUGAGAAUUCCACAAAGAAUCACCAAGCAAUGCAGCAAGAACUCAAUUCGCACGCUAUAAAGCACGCAGCUCUGCGGGAGAACGUUCAGUCACAGAAGGUCGAGCUCCAGGGAACCAUUGACAAGAGAAUCACCAAUGUUACUAGGAAUAUCAUGGAAUUGCAAAAUGUAUUCCCUCGGGUCAAACAGCUCGAGGGCCAGAUGAUCAUGCAGCAGAGAACGAACAGAGAGACCUGGUCAUAUCUUGACCAGUGCAUGGAUACCCUCGGAAUUAAGUACGGCCUGGGUCGCGCUCAUCUUCCCAGUUCGCCUACUACGGACCAAGCUCAGAAACACACAUCCAUGCGGAUCAAAGAAGGCGGGAACGCCACACCCAAAGCUGAGUCUUUGGAAGGCGGGGGCGCGCAAGCUGAAGGCCCAGAGACCGCAGUUGCAGAAGCAAAGAAUCAAGAGGCCGAAGCUCCGGAUGCCGAAGGGGCAGAGGAUGGAGCUAUAAAGGCUGAGAUUCAAGAGGCCAAAGUUCAAGGGGCUGAAGCUGCAACAGCAGAGGGUCUCGGAGCCGAAACUCGAGAUACCAAAGAUCCUGGAGAUGAGGUCCCAACGGACAACGUUGCAAAAAAAGAGGCUGCAGGAGCCGCGAUCCGAGAAAACGAGGUUCUAAAUGAUGAAGCUGCAAAACAGGACAUUAGAAAGGAUGAGACUCUGGAGGAUGUUGCUAACCCUACAGGAACUGCACCGCAGCCAGAAUCACCUUCCUCUGCUGCUUUUGAUGGUACCGAGGGUGCUGCUCCCCAACCGCCAACAGAGCCUCUGUCUCCCAGAUCGAAAGAGGUGCCUGUCAUAGAUGAAUCAUCUGAGAAAGACCCUUUGGCGGAAGGUCCGUCCCAGCCCAAAUCACCCAUUUCCGGGGGGCUUAGAGGAAGCCGGUGGGCUGCGUCUGAAUCAUCAAGGAAAGAUAGCCUGACAGGAAUUCCGUCACAACCUCAAACACCCAAAACACCCACUUCCGCAGGGCUUGAAGGAAGCCGAUGGGCGGUGCCCGAAGCACGAAAGAAGAGCUUGACGGAAGCCUCGUCGCAGCCUCAGACACCCGUUUCCGGAGGGCUUGAAGGAAGCCGAUGGGCUACGUCCGAGCCUAAGAGAAAAAGUUUGACGGAAACCCCAUCGCUGCCCAAAACACUAGUUUCUGGAGGGAUCGCAAGCCAAUGGCCUGCGCCUGAACCAAGGAAAGACAGUCUGACGGGGCAGCCCAGAAAACCCAGUUCUGGAGGACUCGAAGGAAGUCGAUGGGCCGCACCUGAAUCAUCAAGGAAAGAUAGCCUGACAGGAAUUCCGUCACAACCUCAAACACCCAAAACACCCACUUCCGGAGGGCUUGAAGGAAGCCGAUGGGCUACAGCCGAGCCCGAACCUCAGUCUUCGCGGCGUCAGAAUAACAACCGAGGACGAAGAGGCCGCAAAGGCUCCAGGAAUAACAACCUCGGUGAAACUUUCUGA